AUGGCGACAAUUUUAAUUAUGCAGCGUUCCUUAAGACAACAGCGUGUUUUCCGCGAUAGGAGCCAACCACUGGACUCCUUGAAUGAUUCGGAGCUCAUUUCGAGGUACCGUUUCCCUCGAAGAGUAAUUUUUGACAUGAUUGAUGGGGUGGACGAGCAACUACGACCAUAUACGCAAAGAUCUCAUGCCAUCCCCACUCAGUUGCAGGUGUUAUGUACGUUACGUUACAUCGCAAAGGCUGAUUUCUUUUCCGAAGUUGGAGACAUUCAUGGGGUUUCGAAAUCGUUCGUCUCUGUAUGUAUACCAAGGGUGUGUCAAGCCCUUUGUGAGCACUUGCAGAACAUUAAAUUUCCAUCAUCAGUGAUCUCUCUAAGGAAAAUGAAAGAACAAUUUUACUGCAUCGCCCGUUUCCCCAACGUGGUAGGAGCCAUAGACGGGACGCUUAUCCCUAUCAAAGGAAUGAGUAGCGAUGACGAACACAUCUAUGUGUCAAGAAAGAACUUUCAUGCCCUGAAUAUCCAAGGGGUAGUGGACGCAGAGAUGAGAUGUCUUCACAAGAGUGGAGGAUGUCUGCCAUUUACACCGACCAAAUGUGCACUUGUCAUUGAGACAUGUUGCAGACUUCAUAACAAGGCCAUUGAGGAGAGAAUCCCCUUACAACAAGGUGGUCAAGUUGUAUUACAACACAACAACUAUGUUUAUGGAGGAGCACCUCUGCGGUCAGCCAGAGACCUGAGACAACACAUUGCAUCAAGAUUUUAAAAAGGAGGACAAACUGAAAUAAUGAAGAACUCGCUGUAUUUUGCC